UCUGAGGAGGAAAAUUUAGAAAGACAAAUUGAUGAUGCGGACGGUCCACUGCAGAAUUUAAUGAAUUUCUCCUUUUAUCACCGGCGCUGCAGUGUUGGCUUAAGCAGUGAUGAAUAUGUUAAGUUUCUUCUGUCGAUGAAGUCCAUUUGUGAAAAGUUUCCCUUGACUCACGUUCGGUUCUGGGGAAAAAUAUUUGGAAUUCUGCAAAAUUACUAUAUAAUUGAAACGGAGGUAGCGGAAGGCGAAUUAAUUCCAGACUCUGAUGACGAGGAUAAAAUUGAAAGAGAAGAUACUAAUCUUGCCGAUGAAGAUAAACAAUCUUCCUCUCCAGAGGAUGACUACCCAAAACGCCGAUGGAAACCACCUCCAACCGUUCCACCGGAGGAGUUUCGCGAGGGCGUUAAUAAAUUUGUCUACUUCGUUUGCCACUUUCCUGGCGGCAGGUGGUUUCGUUUGCCUCAUGUCAAGCCCCAGCAGAUAUGUGUUGCACGUCAGGUAAUGCUGCGGAUCCGCCGUUUCUUCACCGGCAACCUAGACGCUCCUGUGGAGAGUUUUCCCACCUUUCCGGGAACCGAGGCCAACUAUCUGCGUGCCCAGAUUGCACGCAUCACCGCCUGCACUCACAUCUCCCCCGAGGGCUACUUCAGCACUGAGUCGGAGGAGAGUGACGAGGAGUAUGACGACGAGGAGGAUGAAGAAGACAAAGCGCUGCAGGAAUGCAUUCGAAAUCUGGAAUACACUCCAUUGCCGAUCUCACAGCUGGGUCAUCCCAGUCUCAAGCAUUGGGUGCAUCAUUCACCCUUUAUCCUGCCCCAAGGUCGAGUUCGAUGGUUCAACCCAGCCUCAUUGGCCUUCGACGAGGCCUCGGAGGGGUCUUUUGAGAAGGAUGAAGACGAUGAGGAAGCGGAAACGAAGCUCGUUGGCUUGAAUGAUCAGGCUGAACAUGGACCUCCCCUGUUGACCCCUAUUGCCAAUGAUAUUGCCGUCUUUGGACAGAAGCCCUGGACCGUUCACGUUUUCGACAGCCCUUCAACCGAACAGUCUUGUGUCCUAGUUUCCUCCAACCUCUGGCAUCAGCGUGGAUUCCUUACAAAUUACGACAAUGUCUACAUCGGUUGGGGUCUGAAGGCUACGGGACCGGGUUUCAACCCCUUCACUCCACCUGAUCCGAUGGAAGAGGCGAACGAACAGCACCAGGAGGCCACAGAUCCAACGCCAGAAGAGGAGGCAGCAGCUAACGAGCCCGAAGAAGAUGUUCCCGAGGACACCGACUCCGAGGACCUCAAUGAAGAUGGACUAGAAGAAUGA